CCCCCCCCCCCUUUUUUUUUUGUAAUAUAAGAAAGACAGCACACCAGAUGUUCUUGCCCAGACUUGAACGCUUCUUUGACGAGAAGAUGGCCUUUUUCCUGUUUUCUUCCGUGGAGACAUGGACUUUAAUAGCCAUCAUCAUUGCUCUACUGGUUCUAUAUGGAAAUGCACCUUAUGGCUUUUUCAAGAAAAUAGGCAUCAAGGGUCCCAAACCGUGGCCGUAUAUUGGAACAUUCUUGGAAUACCGGAAGGGUAUCCAUAAUUUUGACAUGCAAUGUUUCCAAAAGUAUGGAAAAGUGUGGGGGUUGUACGACGGCAGACAGCCUGUCAUGGCAACCGUGGACACGGCCAUGAUCAAAACUGUCUUGGUUAAGGAGUGUUAUGCUGUCUUCACUAACAGACGGGAUAUUGGCCUAAAUGGACCUUUAAGCGACGCUGUCUCCAUCGUGGAAGAUGACCACUGGAAGAGGAUCCGAAGCGUCCUCUCGCCAUCGUUCACAAGCGGGCGACUGAAAGAGAUGUAUGGAAUAAUGUUGCAACAUUCGAGUCACUUGAUCAAGAGUCUUCACAAGAAAGUAGACGCCGACGAGGUCAUUGAAGUCAAAGAACUUUUCGGACCUUACAGUAUGGAUGUUGUGACCAGCACUGCCUUCAGCGUUGACAUCGACUCCAUUAACCAUCCGUCUGAUCCAUUCGUGUCCAACAUUAAGAGAAUGGUCAAGUUCAACUUAUUGAAUCCCUUGAUUUUGCUUACGGUUCUUUUUCCAUUUCUGCGUCCAAUGAUUGAGAAGAUGGAAGUGUCACUCUUCCCAGCUGAUGUGCUGGCUUUCUUCUAUAACUUCCUAAAGACCAUCAAAUCAGACCGGAACAAAAAUGAUCACAAGAACCGAGUGGAUUUCAUGCAGUUAAUGGUGGACUCUCAGAUGUCAGAAUCCAGCACAGGAGAUGCAAGCAACCAGAAAGGUUUGACCGAUCAUGAAAUCCUGUCUCAGGCCAUGAUUUUCAUCUUCGCUGGCUACGAAACGAGCAGCAGCACGAUGUGCUUUUUAGCCUACAAUCUGGCAACGCACCCUCACAUCCAAAAAGCUCUACAAAAGGAAAUCGAUGAAACAUUUCCAGACAAGGCUCGACCGAACUACGAAGACCUGAUGCAGAUGGAGUACCUGGAUAUGGUCAUGAACGAGUCUGCAAGGCUGUACCCGAUCGCUAAUCGACUGGAAAGGGUAGCAAAAACCUCAGUGGAAGUCAACGGUGUGACCAUUCCUAAGCAAACUGUGGUCAUGGUGCCGAUUUACGUUCUUCACCGCGACCCUUCCUUAUGGUCUGAACCUGACUCUUUCAAACCUGAAAGGUUCAGCAAAGAAAACAAAGACAACCUCGAUCCUUACGCUUUCUUACCAUUUGGAGCCGGGCCAAGGAACUGUAUCGGGAUGCGAUUCGCUCUCCUCAUGAUGAAGUUGUGUUUAGUGGAGAUCCUGCAGCGCUUUAGCUUUGUCAUCUGCAAGGAAACAGACAUUCCGAUGGAGUUGUCCAAUGAGGGAUUCACAUCACCUAAGAAGCCCAUCAAACUCAAACUAGUGGCAAGAGAACCUGCUGCGGAUUGUGCUUCAAGAGAAAUGUGAUUAUUAUUAUUAUUAUAGAUAUUUUUCCAACAAAUAAACUCAUUGGAUUAACAUUAAACAGUAAAACUUG